GCUGUCCCCUAAAAACAAAUAGUGAUUAAAGACUAAAAAUAUCUCUAUUAUUUUAGUUUUAAAUAUUAUUUUAGAUCUAAAACAUUAAUUAAUAACAAAACUAUAACGCAGUUUUGCUUUUUCGUUGUAAAUCUAGAAUAUUUUCGGCCCACCUAGAGUGGCUGAAUCAACUUGAUCUGUUUCUUGUAUCUGACGGUCUGCGUCGACGGGCAGACUGGGCAGACUACAGUGGCUUGCCGGUCCUCGGUCGUCUUGUUAUUUAUUCAUCGUGCAAUUGCCUUCAAUUGCCCGCUUCCUGAAAGUGUGCUUAGACCUCGGCACGAGACAUGAUACAGGCAGCGAACAAGUCGAGAGUUCUGGUCCCGGCGUUGCUGUCGUCCUUCUGCAAGUUUGCGUCCAAACAACGGCGCCACAAAUACGCUUUGCUCAAUGAGUCUGCGUACAUCAACGGCAAGUGGUGCCCUUCAAAGAGUGGAGAAACUUUUCAGGUGACCAACCCCGCCAAUGGAGACGUCAUAUGUAGCGUCAGCGAUUGCUCGGUUGACGAUGUCGAAGAGGCCAUCCAGUCGGCCCGCUCAGCGUUUGAAGGUUUCAAGAACACCACAGCCAAGGAGCGGUCUGCACUUCUGCUCAAGUUCUACAACCUACAGCUGCAACACACGGAGGAACUGGCAAGGCUUAUGACCGCCGAAAAUGGCAAGCCCUUAGUGGAAUCUCGAGGAGAGGUGGCAUACGGAGCUUCGUUUCUGGAAUGGUUUUCGGCGGAGGCACGGAGAACGUACGGCGACCACGUCCCUGCCCCCAUCAAGGGGAGGGAGAUGCUCUUCAUCAGGCAGCCAAUCGGAGUGGCUGCCAUCAUCACCCCCUGGAACUUCCCCAACGCCAUGAUCACGAGGAAGAUCGGGGCGGCGCUGGCGGCCGGCUGCACGUGCGUCAUCAAGCCCGCCCCGGACACGCCCCUGUCGGCGCUGGCCCUGGCCCAGCUGUCCGAGGAGGCCGGCUUCCCCCCGGGCGUCCUCAACGUCCUGCCCUCGUCAGAAGCGACCACGCCCGCCGUCGGCCUCCACCUGUGCGAGCACCCCGACGUCGCAGCGUUGUCCUUCACGGGCUCCUCCGCUGUCGGAAAGCUGUUGCUCAAGCAGUGUGCUUCGACGGUCAAGAAAGUGUCGCUGGAACUCGGUGGCAAUGCGCCAUUCAUUGUCUUUGACUCUGCCAGCAUUGACAAGGCGGUGACGGGUGCCCUUGCCUGCAAGUUUAGGAACACCGGUCAAACGUGCGUGAGUGCCAACCGUAUCCUGGUGCAAGACGGCAUCCACGACCGGUUUGUGGCCAGCCUGGCAGAGGCCAUCCAGCAGAAGAUGAAGCCCGGCGAUGGGUUUGAGCCCGAGACCACUCUGGGACCACUCAUCAACGCCAAGGCAGUUGACAAGGUGGAGCACCACGUAGCGGAUGCGGUCGAGAAAGGCAGCACGGUGGUCCUCGGAGGCAAGAAGCACAGCCUGGGCGGGAACUUCUUCGAGCCGACGCUGCUCACCGACGUGCAGAGGGACAUGCUUGUGUGCCAGGAGGAGACCUUUGGCCCCGUAGCUUCCAUCAUCAGGUUCAAGACUGAGGAGGAAGCGGUGGAGCUUGCCAACUCCACUCGAGUUGGUCUCGCAGGCUACUUCUACUCGGAGAACAUCUCCCAGGUGUGGAGGGUGGCCAAGGCACUGGAGGUGGGCAUGGUGGGCGUGAACGAGGGAAUGAUGUCUUGCGCCGAGGGCGCCUUCGGAGGGGUCAAGGAAUCCGGCCUGGGACGUGAGGGCUCCCGUUACGGCAUGGACGAGUUCAUGCAGCUCAAGUACAUCUGCUUCGGAGGACUCGAAUGAGCGCCUCGAUCCGGGGACGCACACCCGGUUCGCACGGAGACUGACUGCAUUACAACUCCUUGCGUUCCACUACGACACACCGCGAGGAUAAAGGCCCGUAUGCACAUUUGCGUUUGAGCGCAAUGCGUUCAGUUGCGGCGGCCGGACGCGUAACGUCACGAAUGGCGACUGCACCAAGCUGGUACAUGUAGUUGCGUUGACACACAGUCGGUCGCGGUCAAGAGCCGAUAAGAAUGUGCCAUCGUGACUAGCGGCUCACUAAUAGUAAGCGAAAUCCACAGAAACGUGGCGACGGCGUCGACGUGGCCGACCUUAGGACUAUCCGGCCAGCUUCCUUGACUUCCAUCGAGUUUGAAUUGUCACAGCCUCGGAAAAACUCGCUCCUGUAAUACCCACCGCUCCCCAAAACUAAACACCAGUGUCCCGUACCCGAACGGAAAACUGGAUACGCCUCGCCGACGGGCGCGGCGAGCGCGCGACUUUCGUUUCUCUUCUCUACUUCUACUUCAGUGGGUUCUGCGAUGGCGCGCUUCACAGCGCCAGUGCAUAAGCGCUGCCUGCCAUAAAAAUGCCAUUCCAUACUCAAAUGCAAAUGUGCGUAUAGGUCUUAAAGCUUCUGUAUACGAAAAAGUGACACAAACCUCCUCUCCGUGGGGGAGACUCCCUUCUCCCUCCCUCUUUCCCCUCCCGGCAGACGGCGCCAUUUUUGAUCGUGGCCGACACCACCUGGAGUCGGUGACGGGUUAAAAAGCCAGUGGACACUCUGCCUCGAGCGCAAGCUUUCUGCCUUUGAGAACACUUCGUCGCACGUGCGGCCAAAGCUUGGUGGAAAGCAAGAAGCAUGCACUGGAAGCAUUGGUUCCUAAACCUGUCACCGACUGUAAAUAAUGUUGCGACGCAGUCAGUCCCACUCCGAUACUAACGUCCAAACCAGCCCUUAGUUCCUGUAACAGAACCAGGAAGACACCCCGAAGGAACUCCACGAGCACUAAACAGAUACUUGUCUUCCCACAGAGCCAAGGUCAGAUAGGGAGUAUACUGGAUUACUGCUUUUAUAGAUAAUAUAUUUUUAACUAUACUAUAUGUAUUCUUUGCCUCUGUCCCGUCUGAAGCGAAUAUCUGCGACCCUCGAAGUUUGGAACAGUCAACGCGUGGGGGAAAAGACCAGAGCCAAAAGCUUUUUUUGUAUCAAAUAUUUUCUUAUGAAUUUGCACUAUGAAAGGUUUGGGUUUUCCUUCUCUGUGCAGCCGACUUAGUCACACACACCCUUCAAGCAUGCCUUGUACCUGUAUACUGUUUGUUCAAACUAAUACGAAAGUAUCUAGCCUGGCAGCUAAGGAGAUUUUCCUGUUUUUAAUAUUUUGUUCCAUUCCCAUAGCAGGGAGCAUGAACAGGCUUCCGAUACGUAGCCAAUGGCAAUGUGGCUACCGUCUUCCAGUUUUACCGCAAUAAAAUGUGUCUGAAACCA